AUUACACAACAGCAUGUGCCACGAUAAGAUGUGCACAUAAAUAUCUCUGUGCGGUCCACAUCAAUUCAUAUUCAUCAACACAGCAUAAACAGCGGCUCACGAACAAUGAAAAACAAGACAAUCCUGCUUUUGCAUCUCCUUCUGGGGUCAUGUUUGGCUUAUGAAAAUGUGGCCUUGCGUGGAAAAGCGACCCAGUCACAUCGUUUUGAGCACUCAUUGGGAUCUGCCAGCAAUGCUAUUGACGGAAACCGUGACCCUAACUACCGAGCCGGAUCAUGCACACACACUGUUGCACAGACCAACCCCUGGUGGAGAGUGGACCUGCUGGAGUCCUACAUCGUCACCUCCGUCACCAUCACCAACAGAGCAGACUGCUGUGCAGAGAGGCUCAACGGGGUAGAGAUUCACAUCGGCAACUCUCUAAAAGACAAUGGUGCCGCUAACCCAGUGGUUGGUAUAAUUCCUCAGAUUCCACCAGGCAGGUCCUUAAAAAUAACUUUUACUGGACUUGUGGAGGGACGUUAUGUGACUCUGGUUCUGCCUGGUUUAGGAAGGGUCCUUACACUCUGCGAAGUUGAAGUCUACGGGUACCGUGCCCCAACUGGAGAGAACCUGGCACUCCAAGGAAAAGCCUCGCAGUCGUCACUGCAUUCUACUGGCAUUGCCUAUAAUGCCAUUGAUGGGAAUCGUGCCAGCGAUUGGGGCGAGGGUUCUUGUACUCACACAAGCAACAACUUAAACCCCUGGUGGCGAGUGGACCUGGGCAAAACCCAUAAAGUGUUUUCUGUUAACAUAACCAACUACAGAAAUUAUCCCUUGCGAAUUAAUGGAGCUGAGAUCCGAAUUGGAGAUUCUCUUGAAAACAAUGGCAACAACAAUCCCAGGUGUGCUGUGAUCUCAAGCAUCAGUGGAGGUUUCACCGCAAACUUCCAGUGUAAUGGGAUGGACGGUCGCUACGUUAACAUAGUGGUUCCUGGAAGAGUCGAGUACCUGUCCUUGUGUGAGGUGGAGGUGUAUGGCUCCAGACUGGAUUAGGUCUGAGGAAUGACAUUUCACAGUGCAGGUUUUUAGCUGACACUCUUGUACAGACCCAAGUCGUAAUCAUAGCUUAAGCUUCACGUACAUCAUUAGAGACAGCAGUUACAUAGUUUAGAUCAUUUUCAUCAUUGUCUUUCCUGGAAGACAUUCAUAGCGCUGCACUUGGUUGAAAAGUGACAGAAAAUUGCUUUUCCUACAGUGACAUGUCAACAUAUCUUCUGUGAAAAAGGCUUAAUCAAACUGAUGGCAUUAACAUAAAUCUGUAGUAUUGUUAAAUUAUCCAGGAGACUCUUUUAGGAUUUCAUUAAAAGAAAACUUUGAAAUAGAAAUUUACAGUGGUGAAAAUACUUAGUAUUUUUUUUUUAAAGAUAAACCACUAAUAUGUGUAUUUUAUUUAACCUACACUGACAAUAAUGUGUAUAAUACAUAUACAUUCAUAAUACAUAUGAUUUUGAAUGAAA